CUCGGGUACGAUGGAUAUGGGACGCCGGAAACCUAUAGUUCCCCCUGGACUUUUAACAGCAGCACCGUGACACUGGCUUUCGAGUUUGAGACCAAUAAAAGUGGUGGAGGAGUUCAGCUGGAAAACCUCGCGCUUAUCCGCCCAGCUUACACCAGUUGUGCGACCAUCUUGCCAAGUUCGACCCCAGUCCCGAUGGCGUCGUCGUCCGCUCUAGGAUCAUCCACAGCUGCUAUCGUGACUUCGGCGGCAAGCUCGUCAGUAGUUCUGUCGCCGUCUCCGCCCAAGCCUCCUUCGUCUCGAUCUACUUCCCAUGUUUAUACACGCUCGUCUUCCUCCACUUCCAUCCCAUUCAGCACAAUUCCCGUCAGCGUUCCUUCUGGUGCGGCUGUAUCACCAAGCCUUUCUUCGUCUCGAUCUACUUCCCAUAUUUAUACACGCUCGUCUUCCUCCACUUCCAUCCCAUUCAGCACAAUUCCUGUCAGCGUUCCUUCUGGUGCGGCUGUAUCACCAAGCCUUCCUUCGUCUACUGGAAUUCUGACUAUCUCAAGCUCUUCUACCCUUGACUCUACUUUGACCCAGCCUGCCACGGAAACCCUUACAUCCAGCACCAGAACUGCUUCUAUUAACAAGGGCGAGACAGCAACUGCUCCAGCAAGCAUCUCUUCCUCCGACACAAGUACAAAUGCCUUUUCUAGCUCUUCAGUCAUUACGGAAACACUCUAUACUACCGUCAUCUCUACUAUUUACAAGUGCCCGGCCACUGUAACAGACUGUCCGUUGACCGAGAAGACUCCCCACCUGACCACCUUGACAAUUCCCACUCAAACCACGGUAUACCCUGUUACUACAUCCAGCACCAGAACUGCUUCUAUUAACAAGGGCGAGACAACAACUGCUCCAGCAAGCAUUGGCGCUACCUCUUCCUCUGACACAAGCACAGAUGGCUUUUCUAGCUCUUCAGUCAUUACAGAAACACUUUAUACCACCGUCAUCUCUACUAUUUACAAGUGCCCAGCCACGGUAACAGACUGCCCGUUGACCGAGAAGACUCCCCACCUGACCACCUUGACAAUUCCUACUCAAACCACGGUAUACCCCGUUGCUUCAUCCACAGUGUAUAGCACCGAGAUUCGUACCGUGACUGCUUGUCCACCAUCUGUGAAGAAUUGUCCAGCAUCCGAGAAGAUAACCUAUGUGACUACUGAGACAAUCGCGGUUUCCGAGACUAUCUAUCCAACUCCUACUACUCCUACUACUACUGCGACAGAAACCAGUGGAUCUCAAGCAGCAGCAGUUACAACAGAGGCUGUGGGAACGUCCUCUUCCCGCAAGACCCCCACUACCAUCUAUAGCACGGAAAUCAUUACGAUCACGGCCUGCCCUAUGCCGGGUAAUUGAUUGGGGUGAUACUAAACUGUCAUAAUAUUCUGAUCCCACUAGGCGUCUGUCUACUGUAUAUAACUACCUAAUAAAUUAAUACUCCCAUGACU